AUGGCUUCUGGUUCAGAGAAGGAAUACACCGUCAUUGGUGCCUGGACUCGAUACUCGAACUUCUACGAGAUCCCCUAUGAAGCGGUGAUCACAUCGCUCGAAGAGGCCACGAAGCUCUCCCACUCCGGCCUCGUCCCCGCUCUUACCGUCCGCUCAUUGGGAGAAGACAUCCAGGUCAAUGACUCUCUUGCCAUCCUCGAAUUCCUCGCCGAGGCUCACCCCGAUCUACCGUUUUGGCCAAAAGACCGUGCUCUCCGUGCACUAGCUCGGAGUGCUGUAGCGCGUAUGCAUUCUGGCCUGUGCCGUACAUUACAGGCUACGUGCGGUACGAACUUUUUGGGCCAAUAUACGGGGAACGUGCCGAUCAGCGAUGAUGCCAUAGUAGAGGCGAAGAGGACUCUUGCGCUGUGGAGCCAGUUGAGGAAGAAGACAGCUGAGCGGUUGAAGGAACUGGGUCAGGACGACAAGGGCUUCUUGUUUGGCGAGUUUGGUAUUGCGGAUUCGGUGUUUUGGCCGGUGUUGUGGCGAUUCCGCUCGUAUGGGCUUCCUCUUGAUUCUGCCACUCCGGAGGCCCUUGCCUGGAUGAGGCAAAUGUGGGCGCAUCCCAAGAUGAAGGCAAUUCAGCAGGGAUAUCAUCGCCAAGGCAAACGGGCCGAGACGGUUAUACCAGCCUAUGACAAUAUCUUCAAGGAUCGUUUGGAUGUACAGUACAGUUGGUUCCCGGAAGAUUGGGAGCUCACGCCUUGA